AUGGACAAGGAUGAAGCUCCCAAGCACUUCCCAAAGCCGAAAAUACAGCCGAAAAAGAUAAUAAGGACUGCGUGGCGUUGGGCUACAGGUGUAAUUCAGUACAGCUUUAUGAAACCUAGCGAGACCAUCACUACUGAGAAGUACUGCAAAGAACUGGACGAAAUCCACCGCAAACCCGAGCUUCUUCGCCCCACGUUAGUGAAGAGAAAGGAAACGAUUUUCGUGCACAAGACCCUGAAACACAUUACAAAGGUGACGCUGCUGAUGUUGAACGAGCUAGGCGACGAGGCUCCUCCUCACCCACCAUAUUCACUGGACCUUUCGCCAACCGACUAUCACUUUUUCAAACAUUUGGACAACUGCAUGAGAGGUAAGAUUUUCCAAACCAACAUGAUGAACUGA